AUGUUCUCCGGCUUCUCUUUGAGAUACGCGGAUUUGCGAUUUGUGGAUAUUGAUGCAAUAAAGAAGAUUGGAGAACCCAUGCUCCCGGCUGAUUUUGAAAGCCUGAUUAAUCGGCAGUGCUUUGCCACGCGGGAUAUCCUCCGCAAGCAAUGGAUUCCGGAUUGUGCGAAGAAGUUCGUGGAGUUGCGGCAUCACUGGGCCCACCUCCUGCCGGAGAACCGAAGUUCCCCUCUCAAACAGACCCGCGUCUUCUUUUCCAGCAUCGAGGCACUUAUGUCCAAUCAGUUGAGAAGCAUUGUAGAGGCCUCUGUUCACUCGCUCACAGAGUUCAUUGAAGGGUACAAGGUGGAAACCGAGCUUUUUCCCGCCAUGGUGAACCAGCCCAUCUACAUUCGCAGUGUGAACUACCAGGAGGACCUGGUGUCCAAGUGCACCGACCGUUCGCUCCACGUCUUUCGUCUCAACUCCACCGGUCCCCGUCAAUACCUCGACUACUAUCGUCCAUAUAGCAACCUGCUCAACAACAAGGCCGAAAUGGAACUGCGCGCCUUCAUGAAGGAAAGACAUAGCCUACUUUCGAUGAAGAAGAAAAAGGGAAUCUUACAGGAGGACGACCCUCUGGAGGAUCAGCUCGCCGAAAAUUUGAGUCAGGUUAAGAAACAACUGGACGCCUAUAGGGAUUUGAAGAGGGAGAUACUGGGAAUGCGUUUCACCGUUCCACUCCAGCUCUUCUGCCUCGACUGCAAAGGGGUCAACUUGAAUUUGGCAGCAAGGGCUCAAAAAUUGCGUGACAUUCUCUCCAACUUUGAGCUGGAUGAGGCGAGAGAGAUCAACCGAAGUAUAUGUCGCCGCUACGAGGCCAUCACGAAUAAGCUGAGUGAGGAGCCCGCGAACACACAGGCACUGGUGGACCUUCAGGAUUUCCUCAAGGAUACACAAAACAAGACGGUCUUUCGGUUGCAAGCCGAGGUGGCGGAAUCGGCAGAACAUCUCAGUUUCCUUCUCGAUUACACCUUCAUGUCGGAGGAUGACAUUCGAAUGAACACCAACCUUUUCUACUGGCCUCACUACAUCAAGCAGGUGUUCGACGUGACCAUCUCUCGUCUGUCUGGUCUUCAAGACGCCGCCGAGGACGCCCUCCGUGCUCGCAUCCUUGCACUGGAAAAGCGAAUCGCCGGUUCUGCGGACUACGUACAAAUUAUGCAGAAGAGAGAGACUCUGUCCCAGGAUGAGAUCAAGAAAGCCAAUGCUACACUUGAUAACUUUAAAACCCUCGUGAAUGAGUUCAACGAGGAGGCCGAGGCUAUCACUAGAGAGGAAAAGCUACUGCAGUUUGAACAGAGUGAAUUUCCACAGAUUUUCGAGAUGCGGAAGGUGAUGGAGCCCUACGAGAAGUUGUGGCGAACGGCAAAGGACUUCGAGGAGAAGAGCAAGGCCUGGUUGGCUUCACCCUACUGGAAGGUGGAUGCGGCGGCGGUGGAGACGGAGAUCACGGAGAUGUACAAAACCAUUCAUAGGCUAACCAAGAUUCUUAUUGAUCAGCCUGCAUCCUUGAAGGUGGCACAGAAACUGCGGGCAAAGAUCGAGAAAUUUUUGGAGUACCUACCAACAAUGCAAGUGGUGUGUAAUCCAGGUAUCCAGCAACGCCACUGGGAGCGCAUAUCGGAGGUGGUGGGCUUCGAGGUACUGCCGACGUCGGAGACACCAUUGUAUAAGCUUAUCGACCUCGGACUGGAGGAAUUUUUGCCCCGUUUGGAGGAGAUUGCGUCGGCUGCGGCGAAAGAGCACAAGUUGGAGGUCGCGCUGCACAAAAUGAAGUCCGACUGGGCGGCCAUGCGGUUUGAACUGCUACCGUAUCGCGACACUGACGUGUGCAUCCUCUCGGCAGUUGACGACAUUCAGGUGCUGUUGGACGACCACGUGAUUAAGGCGCAGACAAUGCACAAUUCCCCCUACAUCAAACCCUUUGAGGAGGAGAUGCGGGCGUGGGAGAACAAACUCGUGACCAUGAACGAGAUCAUUGACGUCUGGCUUAAGGUGCAAGCAACAUGGCUCUACCUGGAGCCCAUAUUCUCCUCUGAGGAUAUUUUGGCACAGAUGCCAGAGGAGGGUCGCAAGUUCGGCGUGGUGGAUGUGCUCUGGCGCGAGAUAAUGGCAGAGGCAGCAAAGAAUCCCUCGUGUCUUGUAGCCACCGACCAGCGGGACAUGCUGCGCCGACUCACCGAUGGAAACUACCUGCUAGAGGAGAUCCAGAAGGGCCUCAACGACUACUUGGAGAAAAAACGCCUCUUCUUUCCUCGUUUCUUCUUCCUGUCAAAUGACGAGCUGUUGGAAAUACUCUCGGAGACUAAGGAUCCCCUCCGUGUGCAGCCGCACUUGAAGAAGUGCUUUGAGGGAAUAAGUGCGCUGAAUUUCACUGAUCAACAAGAAAUCAUCGGUAUGAUGUCGGCUGAGGGCGAAAUGGUGCCGUUUGUCACGAAAAUCUACCCGGCUAAGGCGAAGGGCAUGGUGGAGAAGUGGCUCCUGCAGGUUGAGGAGAUGAUGGUUCAAAGUAUCCGCAAAGUCAUUGCUGACAGCAUCGAGGCUUACUUGAUGACGGUGAGAGAAAAGUGGGUCCUUGAUUGGCCAGGCCAAGUUGUUUUGUGCGGCUCCAUGGUCCACUGGACCAGCAAUGUUCAAAAGGCCAUUUCGGAUCAGAAAUUGCUUCCACAGAAGUUAAAAUGUGAUAAACAGAUUGAGGAUAUUGUGGAGUUGGUGAGAGGACAGCUUACAAGUGGAGAACGUCUCACUUUGGAAGCUCUCAUCGUUCUCGACGUGCAUGCUCGAGAUGUGGUUGCGGAGCUGGUGAAGGCGCAGAUCAACUCCAUCACCGCCUUUGAGUGGUUGAGUCAGCUGCGCUACUACUACUCCGCCAAGGAGAACCACGCCAUCUACGUCCAACUCAUCACCGCGCAAAUCACCUAUGCUUGCGAGUACCUCGGCAACACACCGCGUCUGGUCAUCACACCGCUGACGGAUCGCUGCUAUCGCACGCUCAUGGGUGCCAUUCAGUUGAAUCUGGGCGGAGCACCCGAGGGACCCGCAGGCACUGGAAAAACCGAAACAUCCAAGAUUGCAAUCGCUCAGGGCCUGGAACGCUUCGUUUUCGAGGGCACCGAACUUCAGUUGGAUCCCACUUGUACCAUCUUCAUCACUAUGAACCCUGGCUAUGCUGGUCGGCAGGAACUGCCUGAUAAUCUGAAAGUCCUCUUUAGAUCCGUGGCCAUGAUGGUGCCCGACUACGCCCUUAUUGGCGAGAUUUCCCUCUACUCGAUGGGAUUUGUUGAAGCGAAAUCCGAGCAGCUCUCCUCCCAGCACCACUACGAUUACGGCAUGCGUGCAGUCAAGUCGGUGCUCACCGCGGCGGGCAAUUUGCGUCAGAACUGCUCCGAGGACGAGGAGGAAAGUCAGCUCAUCCUCAAAGCCAUCAUUGACGUGAAUUUGCCCAAGUUUUUGGCACAGGACAUUCCUCUCUUCGAGGGCAUCAUCUCCGAUCUCUUUCCUGGGGUUCAUCUUGCCGAAACCGACUAUUCCGCCUUCAUGGAGGCAGUAGAGGAGUCUCUGGCCACCCGACACCUGCAACCCGUACCCUGGUACAUGGAAAAGAUUCUGCAGAUCUACGAGAUGAUUCUCGUUCGUCAUGGUCUCAUGAUUGUCGGAGACCCGUUGGGAGGGAAGACGCAGGCUUAUCAAAGUCUUGCGGAUGCUUUGACUCAACUUGGGGAGACGGGGGGCAUGGGGGAUGAAAGUGAAGUGCAUUUUGGGAUAAUUAAUCCAAAGUCAAUCACAAUGGGGCAGUUGUACGGGCAGUUUGAUGUGGUGUCCCAUGAAUGGUCGGACGGUGUGCUGCCGGUGUUGUAUCGAAGAUACGCCCUAGCACAGGAUGACCACCGUAGGUGGGUGAUUUUCGACGGUCCAGUGGAUGCAGUGUGGAUAGAGAACAUGAAUACUGUGUUAGAUGACAACAAGAAGCUGUGUCUCAUGUCUGGCGAGAUAAUCGCCAUGUCUAAACGCAUGAACAUGAUAUUUGAGCCAGCAGAUCUGGAACAGGCGAGUCCGGCCACAGUGUCGCGGUGUGGAAUGAUCUUCAUGGAACCCUCGCAAUUGGGCUGGAGGCCGAUGAUGAACUCCUACAUAGCCCAUGGACUGCCUCCGGUAUUGAAUGAGGAACACAGAGCUUUGUUGAGGGACCUCUUUGAGUGGUUGGUGGAUCCCUGUUUAGAGUUUAUCACCAGCCAGUGCAGUCAACUGUUGCCGAUUUCGCAGCUACAUGCGGUGAAACAGCUCAUUACGCUCUUUGAUGCUCAUCUGGAUCCGAUGCGAGAGCUGGAGUCUCGGAAACCUAACAGCGAAGAGGAAGAAGCCUACCAGACCGGUCAAGGGAGCUACGGUCUGACCGAGCAGACAAUCACCCUCUGGCUGCAGGGCCUCUUCAUCUUCAGUCUCGUGUGGAGCCUCGGUUCCGCGCUUUCAUUAGAUGAGCGCGCACGCUUCGAUGUGAUGCUCCGCGACCUCCUCUCUGGUUCCGGCACCGACCGCGAACGUCCAACCUCAUUGAAGUUGUCGGGAAAGAGCAAUGCGCUGCCUGAUCGUCUGACCGUCUAUGACUUUGUAUUCGAGCGCAAAUCUACAGGCAGCUGGAUUGAGUGGGCUGCCCGACUCGCUACACCUGAGUUGGGGCGUGAUGAGUUACCGCAAGACAUGAUCGUGCCCACUACAGAGACUGUCCGCAUGUCUUACUUUCUGGACAUCUACCUGUCUCAUCGCAUUCCUAUGCUGAUUGUUGGAUAUACUGGCACUGGAAAGUCGGUUUUGGUAAACCAACACCUAGUGAAUCUACCCAAAGAGGUCUACAUCCCAAACACACUGAACUUCUCGGCGCGUACCUCGGCCAAUCUGACACAGGACAUCAUUAUGUCACGGCUGGACCGUCGUCGACGUGGAGUCUACGGUCCACCACCGGGCAAACAGUGUGUCGUCUUUGUGGACGACCUCAACAUGCCCGCGAAGGAGGUCUAUGGUGCUCAACCACCCAUUGAACUGCUCAGGAUGUGGAUUGAUCACGGCCACUGGUACGACCUGAAAAACAACAGCAAACAGUUUCUUGUGGAUGUGCUUUUUCUUGCUGCCAUGGGUCCUCCAGGUGGAGGAAGGAACGACAUCACCUCGCGCUUCACGCGUCACAUGAACGUCCUAGGCGUGAAUGAGUUCAACGACGCAACAAUGAGUCGCAUCUUCUCCAUCAUUGUGGACAAGCACUUUGGACGUGGCUACGAUUCUCAAUUCAGUCGACUUUCCAAGAUCAUGGUCCAAGCCACGCUGGAGACGUACAAACGCGCAAUCGCUGUAUUUCUACCCACCCCAGCUAAGUCGCAUUACGUCUUCAACCUACGUGACUUUGCUCGAGUCAUCCGCGGUGUUCUGCUAGUCCCUCCAUCCUGUAUGAAGGAGGGAGAUAAGUUUAUGCGCCUCUGGGUCCACGAGGUGUACCGUGUGUUCUACGAUCGCCUAACCUUGGAAUCCGACCGAGAAAAGUGGUUUGAAAUAGUCAAGGAGACCCUCAAUUCCGUUUUCAAAGUCACGAUAGAUAAUCUCUUGGGUUACUUGAGACCGUCUGAUGGCAAAGUCACCGAUGAGGAUGUGCGCUCGCUGAUGUUCGGGGACUACAUGAGUGAUGAUCAGGUCUACGACGAGGUGGCGAACAUGCAGGAAUUGAAGCAGCGAAUGCAGUACUUCCUUGACGACUAUAACUCGGUGACGAAGACUCCCAUGAACCUUGUGCUCUUUCAAUUCGCUAUGGAGCACGUCAGUCGGGUGGCUCGUGUGCUGAAACAGGAUGCAGGUCAUUGCCUCCUUGUUGGUGUGGGUGGCAGUGGACGGCACAGCGCUGCCCGCCUGGCCGUACACAUGGCCGACUACGAGUACUUCAGCAUUGAGAUCACACGCAACUACACUGCGGCUGACUGGCGGGAGGACAUGAAGCGCCUCCUACUAAAGGCGGGGCUCACCGGCAAGCCCACCGUUUUUCUCUUCUCCGAUGGGCAGAUCAAAGUAGAAUCCUUCAUGGAAGACGUCUCUAUGCUCCUCAACUCUGGCGAUCUGCCAAAUAUCUUCCCUGCCGAUGAGAAGGCUGAAAUGCUCGAUAAAUUACAGUCAAUAGCUAGAGAGGCUUUGUUUGAUGUGUAUAAAAGUGGAAUCACGCAUGUCAUCAAAUACCGCUCAAUCUGUCUUGAAUUUGCCUCUGGUACGAAUUCUGCACCACCCUUCUCAGCGUUCACCUUCUCUGCUGCUCACGCCUUCCACGCAGUUGAUCUAUUCAAGGAUUAG